AUGUCUGCACUUUUGCCUUUAGCCGCCUAUAACUUGAAGCUGGAUCCUUUUGACCCCCAGCCAGCUCUUUCUGAGGACUUCCCAGUCACCAUCAGAUUGACCUUGGCUGCUAUCGAUCCAGAGUCAGUUGACGAGAGAGAUGAGCCAUCUACCCUCAGAAUCCUGAAGAGAUCCAUCAAUUUCGGUGAUAUUGAGGAAGACGAGUUCAGCGAUGAUGACGACGAGGACUCCGAGAACUCUGGUUCCGAAGCUGACGACGUUGACAUGAGUGCUGAAGAUGAAGAAGAAGAGAAGGCCGAAGAGAAGGACGACGAAGAGGACGACGAGGACUCCGAAGAGGGAUCCGACGAAGAUGAUGACGAAGAUGACGAUGUUGAGGAGUUUGUUGUCUGCACCCUUAGCCCAAAAUCCCAAUUCCAACAGACUCUUGAUCUGACUAUCACCGCUGAUGACGAAGUGUAUUUUGUCGUCACUGGUUCAUAUGCCGUCCACCUGACCGGUAACUACGUCGAGCACCCAUAUGACAACGACUCUGAGGACUUUGGCGACUCUGAUUCCGACGAAGAAUACGACUCUGACGACUACGACCUGACCCCCGACGAAGACGAGCUGUUGGAGGGCGAGGAUUUCGACCUGGACGACCUUGAGGACGUCGAGGACGUCGAGGGAAGAAUCGAGGAAAUCAUCGAGGAAGAGGAGCAGAAGAAGAAGGAUGCUCCCAAGAAGGCCUUGAAGGACACUAAGAAGCGUCAAAUCGAAGAAGAGCCAGUCAAGGAAACCAAGGAGACCAAGAAGAGCAAGAAGGAAGCUAAGAAGGACACUAAGAAAGAGAAGGUUGUUCAGUUCAACGAGCAGUUGGAACAAGGCCCAACUGGCCCAGCUGCCAAGGAGGAGAAGAAGGAGAAGAAAUUCCCAACCAAGACCUUGACUGGUGGUGUUGUUGUUGAGGACAGAACCACCGGAUCCGGCCCAGUCGCCAAGAACGGUAACAAGGUUGGUGUUCGUUACAUCGGAAAGCUCAAGAACGGUAAGGUUUUUGACAAGAACACCUCUGGUAAGCCAUUCACAUUUGGCCUCGGAAAGGGUGAGGUUAUCAAGGGAUGGGAUGUCGGUGUUGCCGGUAUGGCUGUUGGUGGUGAGAGAAGAAUCAUCGUGCCAGCCUCCAUGGCUUACGGAUCCAAGAAAUUGCCAGGCAUUCCAGCCAACUCUGAGCUGACCUUUGACGUCAAGCUGUUGAGCUUGAAAUAG